CGAAAUGACACACGAGCGAGUGCAGAAAAGUGGAAACAACUAAAUCUGUGUGUUUUAAAGCAAGUGUUAAGGGGCAAUGGGUAUCUGCAGUAGUAACGAUACCAUGUUAAAAAGCCUUGGGGGCAAAAGUGUUUAAAGUAUGGGAAUUUAAAUAUACCCUUCUUCUCUCAGAAAAAUAGUUCAAGUGCGUGCGUGAAAAAGAAAGCGAAAAGAAAUUGUCAAAUGUUAUGGCGAAGGGUCUAACCGUUCCGAGGAAACGCCAUUGACGUGAAAAUAGUUGUGGAGAAGUGAAGAAUAGGAAGAGUUUUGCUAUCGGGCCCGGAAACCGUAGCAACAACGCAACGUUCAGCAACGCGUCAACGGAUUUGACGACGAAGCGAGUCGAGCGGUUUUCUCCCCGACCGGAGUUUUUGGUUAUCAGUGGCGCAAUGGCAGGAAACAUUGUCAAAUGGUGGAAACAUAAGAUACUGGGAGGCUACAAACAGUUUACAGUGCUGCAGGAAUGUGCAACCGAUUCGGAGGAACUGAUCUACCCCGGGCGGGCCCCGUCGGCCUGUAGUGCCCCGCCGGACCUCCUGCUGACCAGCGACCGCGAGCAGAUGCUGAAGGUGAAGUCGUCGUCCUCGAGCGCCGGUGCUGGCACCGGCCAGACCAAAGCAUCCCACCAUCACCACCAGCACCAACACCACCAACAGCAGCAGCAGCAUCACCACAAUCACCAUCAUCAGCCCAGUGCCGGUGGCCACCUUCAUCAGUCGGGCAACAACGGGCACCUUCACACGUCCGCCACCUCGCAGCAUCACAAAGCGCCGAAGGACGCCUUCCGGAAGUGCUCGGGCAACAAGGGGGCGGCGGGUAUGGCGGGGACGGCUGGUGGUUCCGGCGGUGGUGGUGCAACUAACACCAUCAACACCACCGCCGCCACUAUCCGGAGUGAUCCCGAUCGGGUGCGAUUAGAGGAAUUCACUUGUGACGUCUCACUGGAAGAUGGCAAGAAACCUCAGCCCUUACAGUUUUCCUUCACUCUGUACGAUCUGGAUGGUCACGGGAAAAUAACCAAAGAUGACAUCGCCGGAAUAGUGUCGACAAUUUAUGAAUCUAUAGGCAAAUCGGUAGUAGUUCCUCACUAUGGUAGCAAAACCAUCAACGUACGGCUGACGGUGUCACCGGACGGUAAGACGGCCGCAACGAAGUCGGCGGUCAAGAAGGCCAUCAUCACACCCCGCCGCCGGGGCUACCGGUCCCGUAAGCUCAUUUCCGACGACGACGGUAGCGACACGUCGGAAAACUGCCCCCGGAUGCUGCUGCGGAAUCGGACCGGAGCGGCGGGAGCAGUGAACCACAGCACGGGGGUUGCGUCGUCCCCCUCGGUGGCAACUAAUAACCUUAAUCAAACGCAUCACCAUCAUCACCAUCACGGGAACGGAGAAGCGAUACCGGUGGCGGUCGGCAGCGCGGGGAAGCUAAAGGAAUCGAACCUGUCGAAAGCAGCUGCCCUGACAUCGGCGGCCCAAGGGAAUCGGUCGACGGGAUUAAGCAAAAGCUCCGAAGCGGCCACCACCACCAUGACGACCGGUGUGGAAACGACCUACCACAACAAUCUUAGCCCAACGACGGGGACACCCAACAACAAGGCUGCGGCGCUAAACAACGCCGUCUCGCUCGGCAAGCCGUCGGAGAAUGUGUACGAAAGUAUUAACAAUCUAAAGUGCUGCAAUCUGCAACAGCAACAGCAGACGCCUUCAUCGAACAAUACCAGCCAAACGGCAGCAUCGUCCCAUGUGCAGAGCCCACUGUCGGUGGGCACCGGCCACCUGAAUCACUCGACAGCUUCGACGGCAGCUCUUAUCUGUCGUGACUGUAUCGACGGUCCGAUGGUGUCGUUGGCCGCCGGUUGUCACCUGGAACCGACAGUAUCAGCCACCGCCCUUCCAUCGAUGGAUGCGGUAGUUAUUCCUACGUCGGCAGCAGCCCUCGCCAGUGGUGCUGCUGCGGUGAGAAGCAAGAGGAAGCUCGUCCGUAAGACUCGCUCGUCGCGGAAAAUGGGCAGCGGCGCCGUUGGGGGAAAGCUGGCGAUGGAGGAUUUUACCGGACGACCCCGAGCCCGCAGCCUUUCAGUGGGCAACGAGAACUGCUACGAGAACGUGAUCGGGCGAGUGGCGGCGGCUGCACCGGGCGAAUGUUGGAAGAGCUCCCUGUGCCGCCGGGAGCUGAUCGAGAUCAUCCGCGAGAGCAUGGUGAAGAACAGUCUCUGUUUUCAACCCAAUCGGAAAGCGAUGGAAAGUUCACCGAAGCAUCGCCACCGUUCGCACACGAUCGCUUCCCGCGUCGGUGAUCAGGUGUUCCUGAACUACCACCACCAUCCGGCCCUCCUGGCAGCGAACGGAGCGUUACCACCGAACCUAGCGACCGAACUCGCCGGUGGAACACACAUUGCCGCCGCCAAUACCGCACUCGUCUCAAUGGUUGCUGCCACCGGACACGAGGCGAACCUGUGCGGGUACGAUUCCUACCUCCACCAAACAAUAUGUGCCGCGGCUAACGGGGGAGGAGGCAACACUACGGCAACGGCUAUCCAUCUGGCGGCGGCUGCUGCCCAUACUACGGCUGCCGCCAUCCAGCCACUGACGACCAGCACCCCAAACCGAAUGCUACACCAUCAUCAUUCGAAGGCUAAAAGAAAGGAACACCGAUUGGCCCUAGCGACAACGGCCGGUGCUACGGCGGCCAUCCGUUCCUCUUCCCAUCCGGCUCCGGUAAAGCUCAGCACGGCCCUACUCAACCAGCAGUACCCGAAUCUCUCGGCCGAACAGAAGCUGACACGCUCGAUCAACCAGGUCGAACAGUGGCUCGAUCAUCGCAGUCCGAAGGUGCUACUUUCGAAGGUAAAACUGGCCGACGACAACACGAUGCAGCUGGUGGCAGCUACGCGAACAACCGGCCAUAGCAAUACCACCACACCGGGAAAACCCACGGUAGCGCUGAAACGGUCGAAGAGCAAGGAGGAACUAAUCCCCCCACAGGGCAACGAUAACCGGAAUGCACUUACCGGAGACCUGCUGCUGCUGGAGAAUCUAAAGAUAAGCGAAGACAUCGCCGAAAUUGCGGUCGUUACACCGAAGAAGGUGUACAACAAGGAGUCACUGAUCGCGUCCGCAACGAAGAAGAACAUCAAGACACACCAUCAGCGCACGACGGAAGUAAGCACCGCGGCGCAGAAGGGAUUAGCGGCGGCGACCAAAACCGACCAGGUUUUGGUACAGCUUCAGUACGGCUCCGUGCCGGUCAAUGCCGAUCCAAGCGAGUGCGAGAACCUCAUCCGCAUGUCGGAUGACGGUGAGGACGAACUGUCGUUACCCCAACCGUCCGCCUCGGCACGUCCGCAGCAGUCCCAGUCACCACAUCAUCACCAGCAGCAAUCCCAAUCGCAACCCCAAUCACCGCAACAUAGUCAGCAACAGUCACAGCAGCAGCGUUACUGCGGGACGGCCGCGGCAAGUGGGGCACAUUCCGUUUCGUCUGCUUCGGCCACCUCAACGACGGCCGUCCAUCGGUACGUGCAUGAGCACAUUCACCACCAUUAUCACCACUUUGAGAACGAUCCGGACGAGUCCUGAUCUUGGUGGUAUCUUCCGGGCCGCAUCGGAAGCAGCCGCAGUCCAAUUCAUGCCCUACCCGGCCCCUGGUUGGCUCUCAGCGAGCCACCACCAGCUGGUGGGCUUCAUCCACCACCGCCACCGUGAUCGUUAGUGGUCACCACCCAUCGAUUACCGCAACGUUGCCGAUCGUCGUCCUCCGGGUGGUUCUGUUGCUUUUAGCUCCAUUGUCACGCACACACACACACACACACACAAACACACACUCUCUCUCUCUCUCCCUAUCUCUCUCUAAACAACACAUUCGCUCUAGCUGUACUUAAGAAUCUCAUCACCUCUAUCUACUAGCUGCACGAAACAAAACAAAAAUCAACUGCCAAAAACAACGCAUGAAGCGUGUGUCGAGUUUAGCCGGUGAAAUUACAAGCCCAUUGUUAGAACGUACAAAUGAUGUAAAUUCAAUCGUUAAAAACAAUUAAAAAUCCACAUAAAAACCUGACACGUUAAACUAUAUAGCUCCGAUCCGCCGAUCGUGUGUGUACUCUUCAUUGGUUUUUUUUUGUGGUUUUGUAUGGAGCUGGGUGGUCUUUAUGAUAGUUCUAAGACGAAGGGGAUGAUCAUUGUAAAACUUGUGUAUACGCACGUAGAAAAGUACUACUUAGGGUACUGUGAGCUGACACGACUCCGAAGUGUUGUACAGACAUAGCAUAUAAGCACCAUUACGCCACAAGCAGUCGCUUUACGCUUGGGGCAGUCGAGGAAAAGAAUCUUCUGGCCGCGGCGUGUUGAGGGAAGUGCAUAAGUAUUGCUAAUAAUUAUUGCCUAGUGCUAGUACUAUUUAUUUUGUUAGUUGGAACCAAAUCAUCGAACUAGGUAGAGGGGAACAACAGUUGGGCCCACAAGAGUACGGGGAGAGAAGGCUACACACAUAAGCUCGCGUUAUAUCUUGCACGAUCCUUUUGUUUCUGCAUUACAACCGUGUUUUCAUACUCUCGCUCUUCCAACAUGUCUCAGACCCGUUAAUCAUCUCAUUGACUAGACUUUCUUCUAUUUUAUGUUCUAAUUUCCAUCAUUCACUGCAUUCACUGAACAAUCCCCUGUUCCCUCAUGACGUCUGUACAUAGAAUAUAGAUUAAAACCAUCAUCAACCCGGUAGCGGAAGUGCAGUUGAAUAAUGAUGAUUAGAGGAAGAUCAAUGGGGGAAAAGGGAGAACAAGAAAACGAAACUUACAAGACUGAUUUCAUGUUAUUAAAUCGUAAUAAUGAAUGUUUGUUUGUGCCCUGUCUAUUAUUUUAUCCAACCCUUUCUUCUUAUUCAGCUGUUAGUUUUUUUUAUAAUCUUACGACUUUACUAUCCAUAAAAAACCAACACGAACAAACUGUAUCUUUAAUUAGAAACAAACCCACCCCGGUUUUUUUUAAACUACCUACAUGGCCAUUUAACAAACUAUUUCGACGCUUGGUUUCCAACAAAAAAUAUAUUAGAAUUGAAAAGAGCGACAGCGGAUCAAAAACAAAACGAUCAGCAAUUUUAAGUACUAUGUUUAAGGCAAAACUUAGCUCAUAGCUUAGAAUCAAAAUUAUUAAACGGGUUUUGGAGGCAACAUUUAAUACUAUACGGGAAUUGUAAACGUGACGAAAUUUACAACGAACACUCGGUUCAUCGUUCCAGAGGGUGUUUUUUUACUUUUGUUACAACAUUUAUCAGAACGUUUAGAAUAUCUAUCUGAAAAAAGGGAAAAUUAAUUUCACCCACCUGCCAAUGAAAUGGUAUACAAACUCGCCGCUUCCGAAGGGUGUUUUUUUUUUCAACAUUUGGCAUACGUUACCAGCAUAUUGGUUACAACGACGAGAUAUACGGCCAUUAUGACUAAAACAAAUACAAACGACUAAUGAUUUUCGAUAGUAUAUUGCAGAGGGAAAGACAGGAAGUAAGAUUUCGGAAAAAGAGGGCUGAAGAAAUGUAUCUACGCGAGUAUCAUAUUAGAAUUUGUCACCUAAUCGAAAGCUUUGCCUGGACAAGAAACAAACAGAAACACAAAUAGUAUUGCCGCUUACGUCGCCGUGGUGCAUGUGCGAAAACAUUAAAAUUACAUGCUUACAAUUGGCCUGAGCACGGGAAACUCCGCUAUAAAUUACUACAACAAUAACUAUCCGCAAGCAAAAUUACAUUUCCAUUAGUAAACUGUUCCAAUGUUUCA